AUGCUGGAAGUUUGGAUUGCAAUUUUCUUGGUUGUCAUUGUUGUUAUCAACAUUCUUGGAGUUCGCUUUUUUGGAGAAAUCGAGUUUUGGUUAUCUUGUCUCAAGGUGCUCACAUGCUUGGGACUCAUCAUCUUGCUUCUCGUCAUUGCUUUAGGCGGUGGUCCAACCCACGACAGAUUGGGUUUCCGUUUCUGGCAAGACCCCGGUGCUUUCAAAGAGUACGCUGAAAAGGCUAGAGGCUUACAUGUCGGUGGUGCCACUGGACGGUUUGUCUCUUUUUUGUCAGUGCUUGUGACCGCUGUUUUCGCUUAUAUGGGCUCUGAAUUGGUUGGUAUUACCUUUGCUGAAUGUGCUAGACCUCGUCAAGCCAUUCCUAAAGCCAUCAAGUUGACAUUCUACCGUAUCUUACUCUUUUACAUUUGUUCGGUGUUGUUGUUGGGAAUGUGUGUCGCCUCUAAUGACAAGUUGCUUCUCGGUGCUUCUGGAUCAAGUGCUUCUGCUUCGCCAUUCGUCAUUGCCAUCAAGAAUGCUAAAAUCGAUGGCUUGGACCACGUCAUCAACGCAUGCAUUUUGCUUUUCGUCUUAUCGGCAGCAAACUCAGACUUGUACAUUUGUUCCAGAACCAUUUACGGUCUUGCAGUUGCCGGCUAUGCUCCAAAGAUAUUUGCCAAGACAAACAGUAAGGGUGUCCCAUAUUAUGGUAUUGCGCUUGGAGCUGCGUUCUGCUUAUUGGGUUUUAUGACCACGUCUUCUUCAGCAGCAGAUAUCUUCAAUUACUUUGUGAAUGUCGUUUCUUUGACUGGUUUGAUCACUUGGAGUUGUAUUUUGUUCCUCCACAUCCGCUUUAUGAAAGCUUUGAAGGUGCAAGGUUUCGACAGAAAGCGGGACUUGAACUACCGUUCGCCAUUACAGCCAUACGGCUCGUAUAUCUCUCUUGCGAUUUGCAUAUUCAUUAUUCUCAUCAAGAACUUCACAGUGUUCUUGGGCCAUGACUUCCCUUAUAAGACUUUCAUCACUGGUUACAUCAUUCUCCCAGUGUUCUUGAUUAUGUUAUUCAGUUACAAGUUCAUUAAGAAAACAAAGUUGAUACCUGCUCACCAGGUGGAUUUGGAUACUUACAGGGACGUUGUGGAUGCCGAAGAAGAAGAGUUUGCUUUGAAGGACCAAGAAGAAAAGGCUUUGAGAGAAGCUCAAGGCAAUCCUAAAGACUUGAAGUGGUUCUAUGAAAAGGUCUUUGGCUGGAUUUUCUGA